CUUUCCCAAAACUUAAUAUAUUUUUACAAACAAUGUACAAGGCAACGUGCAGAAAGCUAAUGAAGAAGAAGGGGCGCGCUCCUACUAUAAAAAAGACGUUGGGUUGUGAGUUAACUGCGAUUGAGCGCGCGUUUAUUGCGGGCGCGUGCAUCGCAGGCAGUCUAUCACACAACGAUUGCGCUAACCUCUUCCCCCCUGGCGUCGCUAGCAAGUCCACGAUUACUAGAACUAUACAGCGAGUUAACAAGCAGGCAACUGAACUGAACACUACAAUUAUUGACCCUUGCUGCUAUGAAUUUGCGUCUACUAGAGGCGCGCCGCGACUGCUUGACGAUGAGCAACGCGCUCGCGUUGUGGAGCUCACUAUUGCGUCGCAGGAGAGCUGGGAGAAGGAGAGCUGGCAGGCCAUCAAGGAUGGAGACUUUGUGAACGCUGGCCUGCCAAAUUUCAGUGUAUCGCUUACGAAAAUAUCAUGUACAAUGCUGGUUACGCGCGCUGGCGACCAGGCUGGAAGCCACCUCUCAACUGUUGAAGGCAGGUGCUGCCUAGUCAAUCAGAAGCAGCAGAAGCUCUCCUGCUCUCUCUGCAGUCGCAACUACCUCUGGUAGUGAGACGAUGCUUAUUUGGGACUAGCACUGUUUACGGUCAC